UCUCCAGGAGGGGUGGCCUUCUCCCCUGGGUGGCCUGGAGCACAGCACACACCCCUCAGUCCCCUGCAGGUCCCUCUGGCCAGAACCCUGGCUUCCCACUGCCUGCUCGCCGCUUGCCAGGGGCCUUCCACAGGGGAGCAGGGGCAGCCAGCCCUGCUGGGCUCUGUCGGCAGCACCCUGAGGCAACCAGGGCUGGAUUUAGGGCCCUCAGGGUCACAAGAGGGCAGGGCCGCCUCCCCCCAACAUCAGGCUGCAAAUUGGGAGCGGCAGCCUGGGACGCAGCCCAGCUGGGGUCUCAUCUGUUUAAUGCCAAGCCAGCGCCCCGGAGCACUGUGGGCACGGCGGGGAUGUACAGGCGCUGUUUCGGGUGCGAGCGUUCUGAGGCCGGGUGGAGUACACGUGCGGACAGCCUGGGCAGCCUCCAGGGCGCACAGCUGGGCACGAGGCAGCAGCCCCUAACAGAGCCCAUCUCCAGACCAUGACACUGCAGGGACCUCGUGCAGAGGGGAACAGGGAGCUGGGGCUCCCCGAGGCAGGUGGGUAAGGCCACCCCCUUCUUGAGACUCGGUUUCCUCAGCCGCUGCUAGGGUCUCUGAGGUGCCCCUGCCGCUCUGGCAGUUCAGCCCAUAGAUGCGCACGUCCUGGGCACUUACAGAGCCCUGGCUGCUGGCCAGGCCCUCGGGAAAGCCGGCCCCUGCUUCCCACAGCCCCUCAGGUGGGCCGGGGCCUCUCACAGUCCCCAGGGAAAAGGCAGUGUAUGUGGGGUCCCCUGCACCCUCCAGGGGCUGCUGAGCCAAGGUGUCGAGGGCCAUGGGCGCAGAGGUUUCUGGGCAGGGGUGUGUCCUGCUGGAGCUUGGAACCAGAAAAGAGGAGGUGGGCCCUGGGUGCCCGGACGGGCAGGGGGUGCAGCCUGGGGAGCCCUUGCCCCCAGAUGCCACGGCCCGCCACCCUCGUGCCCAAGCGCCUCCUGGGGGUGCUGGGCGCAGCCUGGAAAGGGAACUGUGUGCCGAGGAGACUCGAUUUUUGAAAGUCAUGCUUUGCCCGAGGCCAAGGAAGCCCCGUAGCUGUGGCCGCUCUGGUGUCCCCGGCAGGUUGCUCAGCAAGCGCGGCCCCGCCAGUGUCACCGGCCCUGCCUGCCACCUUCCCUCCCACCUGCCGGCUGCGCAGCCCGCCGGGGAGCUGGGUGCAGAGGGAGGCCCCACUGCCGCGGCCGAUCCCGGAGGGGCGUCUGGGCGUCGGUGCCGGCAGGGCGCGGAGGCGGCGGGCGCAGGAGCAGAC